CCCCACCGUUGCCGGGUCCUUAACAAUGUGCUCGCAGCAGCUGCAGCAACCGUCGUCGUCGCCGCCGCCGUGUCGUUACCGCGACCGCAGUGUUACCGCCGUGAUAACGCCACGACCGUUCGAUAACGCGAAAAUAUAAUAUUAUUAUUGCUAAAUAAUUGUUUUUUGUCAAGACGAAUAACGGUUAGUAUUAAUUUUUUAUAUAUACUUAACUACGACGUAUUCCGUGUAAGUCGUUUUUUUUUCAAAAAAUAUAAUAUAAACACUGUUAUCGCGUCAGCAGCUGACGCGCGCGUGUAGUGUGUAUCCUUCGCGUGCGUGUGUCCGGUUGUUAUCGCGUCGAACAAAAUAUUAACAACAACAAACAGCUAUCAAACGUGCUAAAACAACAACAACGACAACAACAAUAAUUAAAAACGACCGAUGGACGAUCAACGAACGACGUGAGAAACCAACAUCGGCUUAUCAAUACAAAGGUCUUAAGUAAAAGAAGUCAUGGCUUCUUCGUUGGCUAUAUCGACGGUUAUUUUUGUAACCUGCGUGGCGUGCUACUACAACAGCCUCAAUUGUGACUUUGUGUUUGACGAUAUCAGUGCGAUAAAGGAUAACCGGGAUUUGAAACCACAAACUCCAAUUUGGAACAUAUUUUACAAUGAUUUUUGGGGCACGCCGAUGCAUAAGGAGCAAAGCCAUAAGUCCUACAGACCUUUGACCGUGUUGACGUUCAGAUGGAACUACAUGAUCCAUCAACUGGACCCCGCGGGAUACCAUUUGGUGAACAUAUUGCUGCACGCGUUGACCAGCGUGCUUUAUUAUAGAGCUUGUCUUACUAUAUUGGGGUCACAAUUCACCAGUUUUAUGGCUGCUAUACUCUUCUCGAUCCACCCCAUACACACUGAAGCCGUAACCGGCGUGGUGGGACGAGCGGAAACGUUAUCUUCGGUGUUUUACUUGUCCGCCUAUCUGUUGUACACGGAAGCGUCCAAGAGAAAAAAAUGUCCAGGAUGGAAGCCUUUAAUAUUAUCCGUGGCGUGUUUGGGUAUAGCCAUGCUGUGCAAAGAACAAGGGAUUACCGUGGCCGGGGUCUGCGCUUUUUAUGAAAUUUUCGUGGCCCAAAAAGUAAAGCCCAAGGACCUGCUGAACUCGUUCAAACUGUCCGUGGCGGCAACCAACAACAACAACUCGGCCGGCGGCGGUUCGCCCAAAACCGCGACCAACAAUGCGGGAGGUGUUGCCGUCCAGGCCAUAUCGUCAGACGCUGUCAAGAGACUGGUUUUCUUAUUGCUGUCCACGUGCACGUUGCUGGCUUUCCGGUUGAAAAUAAUGGGAUCCAAAUUGCCUGUGUUCACCAGGUUCGACAACCCGGCCAGCGUGUCCGAUUGGCCCGCCCGGCAGCUGACCUACAACUACCUGGUGAGCGUGAACGCGUGGCUACUGGUGUUCCCGUGCGAUCUGUGCUGCGACUGGACAAUGGGCACGGUUCCGCUGGUGGAGUCCACGGCGGAUCCGCGAAAUCUAGCGACGUUGGCCACGUACGCCGUCGUCGCUGGCCUGGUGUACACGGCCUUUACCACGGCCAAUCGGACCAGGCGCGUCGCCGUCAUUAUGAGUUUGGCUUUAACCGUGUUGCCGUUCCUGCCGGCGUCUAACAUGUUUUUCCCGGUGGGUUUUGUCGUGGCCGAACGAGUGCUGUACAUGCCCUCGAUGGGUUAUUGCAUGCUGGUCGCCUACGGCAUUGGGCUAAUGGUCGAGAAAAGCAAAUCUCGCGUGGUCUGGGCGGCCGUGGCGAUGUUAGUGAUCUCGCACACGAUCAAGACUUACACGAGAAACUGGGACUGGUCGUCCGAAUAUGCGAUAUUCACGGCCGGGUUGAAGGUGAACAAACUCAACGCUAAACUGUACAACAACGUCGGGCACGCCCUGGAAGCCGAAAACCGUUUUACCGACGCCCUCGUGUACUUCAACAAGGCCGUUAGCGUGCAACACGACGACAUAGGAGCUCAUAUAAACGUAGGCCGUACUUACAACCAUCUGAAAAUGUACAAGGAAGCGGAAGACGCCUAUUUAAAGGCCAAGUCGUUGCUUCCCAAAGCCAAGCCCGGCGAAUCUUACCAGGCCCGGAUCGCUCCUAACCAUCUGAACGUGCUGCUGAACUUGGCCAACCUCAUAGCCAAGAACCAGUCGCGGCUGGAAGAAGCCGACAUGCUCUACAGGCAGGCCAUCAGCAUGCGGUCCGAUUACACGCAGGCGUACAUCAACCGCGGCGACGUUUUGCUCAAACUCAACCGGACGAAAGAGGCGCAGGAGGUGUACGAGAGGGCUUUGUUCUACGACACCGACAACCCGGACAUUUAUUACAAUCUGGGCGUGGUGCUUCUGGAACAGGGUAAACAUUCCCAGGCGCUGGCGUACCUGGACAAAGCGUUGGAGUUCGAUCCGGACCACGAGCAGGCCCUGCUCAACUCGGCCAUACUGCUGCAGGAGCUGGGCCAAGCCCACUUGAGAAAACUCGCCGAGAAACGGUUGCUGAGACUGUUGUCGAACGGUCAAAAAAACGAGCGGGUCUUCUUCAACCUAGGCAUGCUGGCCAUGGACGAGGGAGACGUGCCCGCGGCCGAACACUGGUUCAGACAGGCCAUCUUGAUCAAGGAAGACUUCCGGGCGGCCCUGUUCAACUUGGCGCUGUUGCUGGCCGACGACCACAGGCCUUUGCAAGCGGCGCCCUUCUUGAACCAGCUGGUCAGGUUUCAUCCGGACCACGUCAAGGCGCUGAUACUGUUGGGCGACAUCUACAUAAACAACAUCAAAGACCUAGACGCCGCCGAAAACUGUUACCAACGAAUACUGCAGCUGGACCCUGACAACACGCAGGGCAUGCACAACUUGUGUGUGGUGUACGUGGAACGGGGUUUGCUGAAAGAAGCCGAGCUGUGUCUGCAGAAAGCCCAUCUGAUGGCGCCGCACGAAGACUACAUAGUGAAGCAUUUGAAAAUCGUGCAAAACCGUUUGCAGGCCAAACAGACUCCGGACGAACUCAAACAAGAAGAGAAGAGUCGACCGGAGUCAAAGGAGAUCCGCAAAACCGAAAAGGAGGACACUACCAGGCCUGACCCCAACCUCAAGUCAACCAAACCGUCUACGCUGUCGUUGUCGUAAACGACUGUAGAAAAGAAACUGAAUACUUUAUAUAUAUACAUAGAUACGUAUAUUUUUGUUUAAAAACAGUUAAGUAAGUGUAUACUAAACCCCUGUCGUCGUCUCUCUGCCAGUCUCUAAGCUCUCUAUCCCCUUUCCAUGACAUUGUUGCUCUGAUUCCUGUAACGCUUAAAAACGAUUAAUCGCAAUCGGGUAAAACGAUCAAAUCUCCAAGACAAUUUCCUUAAUAUUCUCGAGUAACUGUAAGUCGCUCCAUUCGAAUGCAAACGGUGUGUUGGUGCUAAUAUCGUAGACAACUAAUUGUGUAUCCGCAAAUAUUGCGUUAUCGUACUUGCCUCGUCGGUACGCUGAAAAUAAAAUAUGUUCUUUUCCCAAAGAAAAAAAAUCACCGAAACGCAUAGUUAAUCUUACGAGAUAAGAUGAUAAUAUUUUCUUUCUUAAAUGUUUAUUUUGAAUAGUAUUUCGAACGAAAUAAUAAUUUUAAAAAUAUUUAUAUAUAUAUUAUAUAAAAUAAAAAUCGUGCUGUGAUGUAUUUAGUAGUUUGUAGGAUGAUAAAAAUAUGUGUAUUAUUUAAAAAAAGUGUUGAGAAUGGCUUAACACCACAGUAAUGGCCGUUUCCAAAUAAUUUACAUUUAACGAGCAUUUAUUUUCUAUUGUCAAUUUUGAAAAAGUAUUCAAACGUUUUUUUUUCUGUUAUUAAAUUAUUAUUAUUUUAUCUCUACAUAAAGUCUAUACGUUACUAACUCGAGUACGGCAAGAUCGAUCUCGGAAAUUGUUUCUCGUGUUCAUUUAUUUGUCAACAUUUUAACAUGUUUUUAUUUUUUUUUGUUUCAUCAAAGUACUUAUAGCAGAAAUGCGUUUUUAGUGUGCUUAAAAUUAUGUAUUUUUUUUUUUUUUAUACUACAAUUUUAUUUUUUUUUAUUAUAAGUUUGAAUUUUUUAUAUUUGAUUUAAAUUAUUUUUUACAAGAGUAUUGCGAGUAAUCAAACGUUUGUGCUUUAAUUUUGUACAUUCAAUUUGAUUAUACUUACGGACAAUCAACGUGUUUUUCCUCGGUGUGUUACAUAGAACAAAACUUAAGGUCUUUUCACGUCUUUGUACCUGUGGUCCUACCAUUUCUUUUAAAAAAAAACAAAACUAUGUUCCUGUGAAUUGUGGGGAAAUAAAAACUUAUAUAAGUACCGAAAAUAUUAUUUUCAAAUAGUAUUAUUUUUCGUUUUUUUUUUUCAAACUUGUACUUGGCGUGGUCUAAGCGUAUUAGGUUUAAAAUAAUUAUUUGAUGUUGACGGAUGUAAAAUUAUUAUAUAUUAUAGGUAUUACUACUAAGCAAGAUUGCGCUAUUUGAUGUGAUUUUUUUUUUUAUUUUAUGUUUUA